UGUUGUGUAUUAUUGUGUGUGUACAUUUCUGUGCUCAUGGUUUAAGUGUAAAGACGCAGGGUUGAUUAAUGACCAAAGCUUAGCCUAUUAGCCAAGCUCGAUGGUUGGUAGUAGAAAAGGAUCACUACGCUUCUCACUCAUUCUUGCUUGCAGUAACAAAUGGGAUGCUAGGCGGCUGGCUGUUUUUAUGUGACCACUGUUUUAUUUCCCCUAAUUUACCCAAAGCAAGGUAGCUAUCAAUGCUAAGCUUGCUUGAGGAAUCGCCCAUCUUGGGCUCAAAAUGUGUGUACGUGCAUAUGUGUAUGAGCGUAUGAUUGUGUGCUUGUGUGUGGGUGUGUGUGCAUAUACACACAAGCUUGUGUGUGAGUGCAUAGUGUACUGUGAUUGCCCUCCUCUUCCCCCCUCUCUCUUCUUUCGUCUCCUCACUCCCGCUAUCCUUUGCCAUUCUGUUUCUGUCCUUCCUACCUUCCGUUUCUGUUCUUCCUUUCUCUCCCUCUCCCCCUCUCUCUAUCUGUGUGUGAGCGUGCACUCUGUGAGCAGCAUCUCAAGAUGAUGGUGCGGUACCCCCAGCUCUCGGGACUAGCCACUGCUGACGGCUCCGUCCCUGAGAGGCUCUCGCCGCUAUUUCCCAGGGAUCUCCCAUCCACCCAGAUGGGGUCCAGGUCACUUUUGGGAUCGACAGAGACACAGUGGCGUCAGGCAGAACUCCCGCAGCUACAGGGCUGGGCAGAGAAGGGAUUGCUGACACAGCCAAAGAUGAUAAUCAGCAACAUGGAGCCUCAGGUGACGAACGGCCCCAACGGCACCACGGCUAACGGGCCGUCCAGCAACAGCCGCAGCUGCCCUUCACCCAUGCAAACUGGAGGCCCCACCGACGACAGCAAGACCAACCUCAUUGUCAACUACCUGCCCCAGAACAUGACCCAGGAGGAGUUCCGCAGCCUGUUUGGCAGCAUCGGAGAGAUUGAGUCCUGCAAACUGGUCCGCGACAAGAUCACAGGGCAGAGUCUGGGCUAUGGGUUCGUCAACUACAUAGACCCAAAGGAUGCAGAGAAAGCCAUUAACACAUUAAACGGACUCAGACUUCAAACCAAAACUAUCAAGGUGUCAUAUGCACGUCCCAGCUCAGCCUCCAUCCGAGACGCUAACCUGUAUGUGAGUGGUCUGCCAAAGACCAUGACCCAGAAGGACCUGGAGCAGCUCUUCUCCCAGUACGGACGCAUCAUCACCUCCCGCAUCCUGGUGGACCAGGUCACAGGCCCCACAGGUGGUUCGCGGGGUGUGGGGUUCAUUCGCUUUGAUAAGAGGAUAGAGGCUGAGGAGGCCAUUAAGGGGCUGAAUGGACAGAAGCCCUCUGGAGCUGCUGAGCCCAUCACCGUCAAGUUCGCCAACAACCCCAGCCAGAAGACCAGCCAAGCCCUACUGUCCCAGCUGUACCAGUCCCCCAACCGCCGGUACCCAGGCCCCCUGCACCACCAGGCCCAGAGGUUCAGGCUGGACAAUUUGCUUAAUAUGGCCUAUGGCGUAAAGAGGUUUUCUCCCAUCACCAUUGACAGCAUGACUAGCCUGGUGGGCAUGAACAUCCCUGGCCACACAGGCACUGGCUGGUGCAUCUUUGUCUACAACCUGUCUCCAGACUCUGACGAGAGCGUCCUAUGGCAGCUGUUCGGGCCCUUCGGAGCAGUCAACAACGUCAAGGUCAUCCGCGACUUCAACACCAACAAGUGCAAGGGCUUCGGCUUCGUCACCAUGACGAACUACGAUGAGGCAGCCAUGGCCAUCGCCAGUCUCAACGGGUACCGGUUGGGAGACCGCGUCUUGCAAGUCUCGUUCAAGACCAACAAGACCCACAAGUCCUGAACCCUUCCUCACUCCAAAUCCCCUGUCACCACUACCACUACCACCUUACAGUCGCCCAACACAGCAACUCUCCAGAAGGAACACAGCAAACAAACAAACAAAAAAUAACUUGAAAUGGCUUAUACUAUAACUUUGGAACUAUAAGCCAAUGUUGCCUAAGUAUUACAAAAUGAAAGAUUAAAAUAUCCAUGAUUUGGAACCCCUGUGAUUCUACAGGAUUCCUGUUGUAUAUCCUUUCUGUUAUUGUGGUUGUUAAACUAUUUUCUCUUCUAUGUAAACAGUAGCAAAAACCAGUCCCCUUAUUUCAAAGAAGAGAAUGUCCUUUUUAGAUUUAACUUUCUUGGUCUUGAUUGAGGAUUUUUUUCUUUUUUAAAUCCGGAUCCACUGUCGUUAGAAUUAUGCCUCCCUGACAGAAGAAGGGAGGGGGCUCUUUUUUAAAUUGGUGACCAUUCAUUCAUUUUUUGUGUAUAUUAAAACCCCCUAACAAUUCUAAGGGAUGACACAAUCCUGUUUUCUCUGAUGCAGAAAAAAGAAUUUCUAACAUUUGUUUGUUUUGUAUUGCAAACAAAACACGUCUUUCCUCACUGGGGUUUGGGAGAUGGGGAGAGGGAAGGGAUGGGUUAGAAUUCCUGAUGACAGGUUAAGUGAUUUAAAAAACACUGUUGCCAAAGAGAAAAUCUCUUUGCUUGAAAAUGCGUUUAGAAAAAUAAAAAAUAAAGAGAAGAAAAUCUAUUUUUAUAAUAUGAUAAUUAAAAUAAUUAUUGAAGAAUUUUUACAAGAAUCUGGAUUUGAAAAAAUAGAAAAAUAUUUUGACUGGCUAAUUAGGCGGUGGGGGAGGGGUGGGCGCCACCUUGUCUUGUUCGUUCUGCCGUGGUACUUUUUAGGAGCAAAGGUUGUUUGUUUUUAGGAGAAAUUGAUCGGCGAUGAUUUUGUAGAUGGAAGGUUUUGUCAAGGGAUGCAAAUUGAGGCGGGUGAUCGUUGUAAUUUUUCAUAGUGCGUAAUUAUUCAACAGCGAUACCCAAAAGGGAAGGGAGAGGGGUCUUUCAAGGCCUAGCCAUCCUCACAGUUGAGAGCCCAAAGCAAGAAGACCCAUUGUCCACUUGUUUUCUUUUUGUCAUCAGCCUAUGGGAUAUCAGUAAUGAAUAUAUACACAUCUAUCCAUUUAGAAAACAUACAUUAUCUAUUGUUUUCUUUGCUAUAAUUUUGUGGAAUUUUAAAAUAACUUCCUUUAGCGAUCAACAGUAGGUGCUAUAUUACAUGAUUCACAUAUCUUAAAUAUCCACAUUUGUUGUUCUAUGUGUUGUUCAGAGAAAAAAUACUUCGAUGUUGGCAUUGAAUUGAGCUGCUGUUCUUGUUUAUUUUUGUUGUUGGCCCCCAUCUGGUUAGACUAUUUCUUGCUGAAAUACCAGAUGACAGACUUUGGGCCGUGUAAGAAUCACUUAACAAGUUUUCUUUGGCUUGCUGACUUUUAGGUUACUUGCUAAGUGUGAAGCGUUGUCAAAAUUCAAUAAUAAUUAGCUAGUUCUGUUAGUCUAGAUAUUUGUUUCCUCAAAGGAUCUAUUACAACUGUGUCUUUAUUUGUUGUGUACAAAUAGAUAAUAUAUAGUCUACAUUUGUUUUACAAUAUCUAUAUCUAUAUAAGUUGUCACUGUCUUUUGUUUGAGCUUGUCUUUUUCAUAUGACAACUUUAUGAAGUGAUGGUUCAGUUACUUAGAAAACACGUGAGGAAUCCUGUUUAAUAUGUUGUCAUGUCGCUUGUAAAAAAAUAUU